AUGGCGGCGUCGACGAAACCUCCGUUCCAGUCGGCAUGGCCGAACCUGGCGCUGGAUCUCCUGGGGGACGUGCUCUCCCGUCUCCCGUCCCUCGCCGACCGCGUCCGCCUCGGCGCCGUCUGCCGCCCGUGGCGCACUGCCGCCAAGCUCCUGCCCCCGCCCCCGCCGCAGCUCCCCUGGAUUGCUCUCCCUGACGGAUCCGCCUUGGACGUCGCCAACCAGAGACGGCAGCGUCUGUGUGUUCCAAAAGGCGACGGCCCUUGCUACAGCGCCGGCGAGAACAUGUUCUUCAUCCACCACGACGACGGGCGGUGCUCCUUGGUCAACGGAUUCUCCGGCGCGGUGACGCCUCUCCGCGAGCUGGCCGGCGCUCUCCUGGCGUCUUGCAAGGUAAAAGCCUUCGACGACAAGUUGGAGCGUAAGCUGUACCCGGAUAUGCAGAUCAAGAAGGUGGUGAUGUCCUCGGCGGCGCCAUCCUCACCGAACCAUCAACAUCCACUUGUGGCGGUUCUAGUCAGCGACUCCUGUUUGUCCAGAGUCCUUAUUUCUACGUGCCGGCCGGCCGGCGAGAUCAACUCGUGCGUUGUGACGCGAGCCAUCCUCCUCAUCGUCGACAUCGCCUUCUUUCAAGGGAAGUUGUACGCGCACCUCCGAUCGUUCGAAGAGCUUGUCGCCGUCGAUCUCGGCAGUGGCUGCCUCGACAAGCCGACGCGGCUAGGCGUCAAGCACGAAGUGAAUCUGACCUCAUGGAUUUGGCCUCCUGGCCUACCGGAUCAGGUACAGGAUCUUCUCGGCAUUUACUCAAAUAAUUCCCUACGAGAUACUAUCCAGCAGGAUCGAUAUCUAGUGGAAUCCGAUGGCAAGCUGCUGAUGGUGAGGAGACGUGUCCCCGGAAGGCACCGCCACCUGACUAGUCGGUUUGAGGUGUUCGAGGCUGUCCUCACCGACGGUCCCCGUCGUGGCCGGUGGAAGAAGGCCGAGAGCCUCGACGGCCGAGCGCUCUUCGUGAGCACGCCGUGCUCCAAGUCUGUCCGUGCUAGUGAUGGUUAUGGAGCUCGAGCAGACUGUAUCUACUUCGUGCUCAACUAUGGCGACCCCCUUCUUGAUUCCGGGGUGUACAACGUGGUAGACAAGACGAUCAUGCCGUUGAUGCCACCGGUGCCAGCGUCGCGGAGGGCAAAGCUAACGUGGCUUAGGCAGGGGUCUCCGGCGUGGUUUUUCCCUGUACAAAUUUAG